AUGGAAGUUUUGCCAAUUCCGAGGCCAAAGAGCAUAAAGAUUCCAACUUUACACGAAGAGGACUGUAUUAUUCAUAGUCAACUAAUAUUUUCGAGUUUUGAUGUUUAUUACUCCGAGUUGGAAAAUGUCAUCAUUUUCUUUGCCAGAGGAGUGAACUUUGCCGAUGAAGUGACCUCCAAGAAUCUAAAAACCGAACAUUUACAAUUCCAUUCCAGGAUUUAUGAUGAUUAUAAGAUAAAUGAUACUUUCCAACAAACUUGUACGAAUGAUGGAAUCGUGAUCAAUCCGAGCUGUCAAAUUGAAGAUGUACCAAUAGUGACGAUCAGAACCACUAUAUUAGAAGUUAGAAAUUUAGUUGUUAAGUCGAAGAACGUUCAUGUGGAAUUAUCUGUAACAAAGUUAGAUGAAAAUGAAAGAAUAGGUUGUGUUACCGCCUCCCUUGGAAGAUUUGAUAAUGGUAAACCUCCGAAUUCUGAUAUUGAUGUUGAUGUACCUGAACCGGAUAAAAAACAAAAAUCCAAACCCCCCAACGAAUCCACCCCGAGUCACUCGAAAUCCUAUAAAUUGACAUGGGGUUUAUCUAUCUUUGGAGGGAUCUCUGCAUCUGCUUUUUUAAUCAUGGUAGCAAUAACAUUUAGAAAAAAAAUCAAGGCUUGGAUGGGUUGCAAUAACGAAUUAAAGCAAUGA